AGAGGAGAAGGUGGUGGUGGUGGUGGUGGUGGUGGUAGUUUAAGGGGUGAGAAGAGGAAGGGAAGGAAGAAGGGGAGCGAGAGAAGGAAGAGGAAGAGGAAGAGGAAGGUUUACACUUACCCCGUCUCUUCUCGUGGAUUUCAAGCCUCCCUUUAGAUCUCAGCUGAGUCGCUCCUUCAUACCUUAUAGCUUAUUCACCUCCUCCCGCCAUCCUUCCUCUCCUCCUUUCUUUCUCUUCUUCCUUGCAGCGUUUCUCCCUCCUUUCCUCCAUCCAUCCUUUCUCCUUUCUGUCUACUCCCUGCCUUUCCUUUCCUCUCUCUUUCCUCGUCCUUGUCUCAUAUAUUUCUACUCUUCUGGGAUUUCUCUCUUGUUCCCUCCUUUCUUCUUUUACUAUCCUCUUUCCCUGCCCUUCCUUCUUCCUUCCUCUUUCCUUCCUUUCUCAUCUACCUCCUUCCUCUAUUAAUCCUCGCUGGGAAAUAGUUCGAACUAAUGAAGAGAUACGCACAGGUGUGAAACAUAAACACUCACAUGUAGUCUUUGUUUGCCCUCCCGAUUCUCUUAAUUUCCUGUAUGUCUAUCGGCCUGUCCGCACCUCUCUCUCUCUCUCUCUCUCUCUCUCUCUCUCUCUCUCUCUCUCUCUCUCUCUCUCUCUCUCUCUUUCCUACCUGUCGAUAAUAAGAAUUUUCAUUUGCUAGAGGAGGAUUAGGGUUGUAGGGCGGGGAUGGAUGGCCAGGUGGAUAGAUGGAUAGGUGGAUCAAGGGAUAAAAGAGGUGUAGGGGUGGGAGCACAUUCUUUUCUUCCCUUACUAAAAUCCCACUCCCCUUUCCUCUCCUCCCACCACCCACACUAUCCUGCUUCAUUACCUAAGAGGGUCCUUCUUUGCUCCUCUCUUCCCUUUCCCGCCUCCCUCUCUCUAUCUCCCUCUCGCUCUCUCUUCCUCCCCUUUAUCUUUGCCCCUUUGUGUUUGAUAUUUCCUCCUACGCUUCCUUUCGUGUCAUUGCCUGUUCAUCUCUCGUUAUCAAACUUCCCUUGUCAUUCUUUCCUUCCUCCUCUUCCUUUUCUUCGCCUUCUUCUUGCCUGUGGCAGUUCCUCUUUUCAUGUCUCGUUUCUUUUUGUUGCUGUUACCUUUUUUUUUUGUCGUAUUGCUCUCCACUUCUUGCAUUACUCUCUUCCGCUUUCAUUCCGUCUUCUGGUUAUCAUCUUUUAUUUCUUUGUUUUGUCUUUCUCCUUUUCUUUUCGUCGCCAAUCCAUUACAGUUCCUAAAUUUCCUCUUUAGUGCCUUUUCUUGCGUCGUGUCGCUUUCCUUCCUUCGUUUCCCCUUUUCCGGACGAUUCUAAAACCCGUAUUUUUCGCUUCCUUCCCCUCCUGCUCCUCAGUGAAGGAACUGAAGCAAUCAAUACAUCGGCUGCAGAUUUACCUACUUUAAAAAUACCGCAAUAAUUUGUGGCCGAAGCACGACCACUAAACUCAACUAAGUGUCGGAGCAUAAGUUUGUGUAAGGGGCCUCCUCGCCUCCCCUUCCUUUGCCUGCAUUCCUUAGCACCUCAAUGUGAACGAAGGAGCAAACCUCUUUGGCACGCCGGUGACGAAGCAUCAGCAUGGCACCACUCGCGUUAACUAGCCUAUUUCAGCAUCUUCCAGGCAGCCAGCUAGCCACCUACCCAGCCGAGGCCGUCCAGCCAGCCUGCCACCUACCCAGCCAGCCAGUAGUCUCGCGCAGCGGCUCAACCAUCACUAGGGUAGGAGGGCUCUGAGGCUGGCAGUCUCACCCGGCCCGCUGCCUGGGACGCGCGCGCUGGACGUCUCGCAGUGCCAGCCUCGUUUUCUCUCCGCGAUCACACUACGCCUUCAGGAAUGGGAGCCCAACAGUCGGGUAGUGGACGGGAAGCAGGGCCAAACAGUGCUACAAUCUGCCUGUAGUGCUCGCUAUGUGCUAGUUAAUGAGUAAGAUGAAUGAAAACGCUGAGUAAAUGUACCUCAUCCCCACCCCCGUCCUCCACCUCUUCUCGCCCUGAAGUUUACUGUGCGUUGGAAAUUUGUGUUGCGGGUCACGGGACCGCCAUGACCCGCUGAUUGUGGCGCGCGAGUGUUGUGGUGUGUUGUGCCGCCCUGCUGCCGCCGCCGCCGCUAUGGAGGGGCACGCGUUGUCCCUCACACUGCUGCUGCUCCUCGCCUCGCCGCCCUCGGCCCACUUCCUCGAGAUUAAGAAGAUCACGGCGGUGGAGGGCGGAGAGGCGGCGCUUCCCUGUGACUUCGAGCAUCCACCCAAUGACACGGUGUUCCUCAUCCUCUGGUUCAACGGAAACCUCACCACGCCCAUAUACAACUAUGACUUGCGGCCGGGGACGGGGGGUAACCACUGGGUGGAUGAGACGGUGCUGGGGACACGAGCCACCCUGGAUGUGUCUGCCAGCCCGGCGCGCCUCCUUCUCCGCGAUGUGCAUGCGCGGGACAGCGGCUACUACAGGUGUCGGGUGGACUUCCGCUACCAGCCCACCAAGACCACCCGCGUCAGCCUCUACGUUAUUGUGCCGCCCCGGAAUGUGUUGGUGAUGUCGGAGGGCAGGACGGUGACCAGUGUGGUGGGGCCUUACCGGGAGAAGGACUACGCCACGCUCACCUGCCUGGCCAGCGGGGGAUCUCCGCCUCCCCGUAUCCUCUGGUACCUCGGGGAUCGUCUCAUUGAUAGUCAAAUGGACGACGAUCCCACGGACAAUAUGCUCCGGCCGGGACCUACCAACACGCUCCACCAGGGGUCCCACACAGAGCCCACUCGUUCUAAUACGCUCACUUUGGGGCCCUUCACCCGCAGUGACCUCAAACGGCUGGUGACGUGUGAGGUCACCAACACCAAUCUAACCUCACCUCUCAGCGCAGCCGUCAUGAUCGAUAUGAACCUGGAGCCCUUGAGUGUACGACUGCUGGCACCCGACGAGCCUCUAAGCUACGGGCGGGAGUACGAGGUGGUGUGUGACGUGAGAGGGUCAAGGCCGCCCCCUACUAUCACGUGGUGGAAAGGAACAUCCCGCGUGCAGGGAGCGAGGGAGACGACGACGAGUGAUGGCAACGUGACUACCUCCACUCUCACCCUGAAGCCAGAGCCACCUGACGACGGCACAAGCGUUACCUGUCGAGCAGAGAAUCCAGCCACCGAAACCGUGCUGGAGCAGUCCCUCGCGCUGGUGGUGUAUUACGUGCCCGAGGCCAGGGCUAAACUGGGCACCUCCCUGCAGGCUGGCAAGAUCAAGGAGGGCGAUGAUGUGUACUUCGAAUGCACAAUACAGGCCAACCCGAGGGCGUACAAAGUCACCUGGCAGCACAACGGUCAGCUCCUGCAGCACAACAUCACGGCGGGGAUCAUCGUCAGCAACCAGAGCCUCGUGUUGCAGAAGGUGUCCAGGAAGCACGGGGGUCGCUACUCCUGCUCCGCCUCCAACAUUGAGGGGGACGGCGUGUCUGAGGCUGUCAAUCUGGACAUCAAGUAUGCCCCUGUGUGCUCGCCCGGCCAGAUAACUACGUAUGGGGUGGCGCGGAACGAGGAUGCAGAGGUGACGUGUCGAGUAGCGGCCAACCCCACGGCGACGGGCUUCAAGUGGACCUUCAACAACACCGCGGACACCAUUGACGUGCCGCACGGACGCUUCACCUCAGAGGCCACCUACAGCAUCAUCACCUACACGCCAGUCACGGAGCUCGACUACGGCACGCUGCUCUGUUGGGCGGAAAAUAUAAUUGGGACGCAGAAGCAGCCGUGUCUCUUCCACAUUGUACCUGCGGGAAAGCCGGAUCCUCCAGCCAACUGCUCCGUGAUGAACCAGACGGCUACGGGAUUCACGGUAGCCUGCCAGGAGGGCUUCGACGGAGGCCUCAGACAAGUGUUUAUGCUACGGGUGGCGCGUCCAGGAACCCAAGGACGCAAUCUUACCGCUGGCACCCCAGUCUUCCAGGUAGGGCAGCUGGAACCGGACACCACCUACCGUCUACAGGUGUGGGCUGCUAAUGAUAAGGGUGUGAGUCCCACCGUCCACCUGCCUGCCUUCACCACCCACCCACCCACCCACCAGCACACCGCCCAUGUGGUGGCGGAGGUGAGGGAAGGCCACAGUGACGGCGGCGAGGGUGGCGGCGGCCUUUCUACCUCCGGCGUGACAGGAGGAGGCGGAGGCGGCGGCUCGGGCCUGCUCGGGGAGGGGUCUGCGGGCGUGCGGACGUUAGUGUCUGUGGUGGUGGGGGCGUCGGUGGGCGUGGUGCUGCUCCUCCUCCUGCUGGCGUUGUUGCUUCGUCGCCGUGUGAGUCGCCGCCAACACGACCCACGCAAACCCUCACCCGAACCUGUCAUCCCGCCCACCACAACCCCGCCGCCCGGAAUGAAGGCCGCCCACCACCCGCCCGCCCACGCCUGUGCUCACAGAGAUAUGCAGGUGGAGGGCGAGGCCGAGGUGGAUCCAGACCUCAUCCCGCAGCCGCUGGUCCACGCCUCCCUCUCGCCCUCGGGUCCACUGCUGCAGCCGCCCGCCAACUACGGCGGGGGCGGUGACCCUUCCUUCCGUGAGGUGGUGGUGGCGGCGGGUGGGGGUGGCGGGGGAGGAGGCGGGGCCGUGCAUCACCAGCUUCUACCAGCUUACCCCGCCCACACCCUCACGCCAACACCCUCUACCUCAGCCCCGCACCACCACCACCAACAGCAGCUACAGCAACAGAAACUACAGCAGCAGCAGCAGCAUCUACAGCAGCACCAACAACUCCAGCAGCACCUGUUACCGCAACAGAAACUGCAACAGCAGCAGCAACAACAACAGCAACAGCAACAGCAGCAGCCAGCGACGCAGCAGCAACAGCAACAACAACACUACCAUCAACAUCACCACCCUUCUAAGGACCCGCAGUACGCCCACCUCAACCUGGAGCCGGGCCGUCAGGUGAGUCCCAGCGGCGCCCCCAGGUCCCGCGGGGUGCCCACCGUGUACGCCACACUGGACACCCGGCGGCCACACUCCCAUGUCACCUUUGACCUCCGGCAGUCCCACAGCCAGGCCAGCUUGGGUCACGAGCUUGGGUACGGCGAGGACUCCAUUCACGACCUGGCGUACCAGCACAUCUCGCACGAUACAGGACGACCUUUGCUGGCCGAGGAUCCCACGCCGGCUCUCGUGGCCAAGAGAGAGAGCUCUGUUUGAUACGUGAACGACCCUUAGUGAACUUCUUGAACUGACCUCCCACCGCGGGUCGCCCUUCCAUGUCUCCGAUGAUCUGCCCCGCACUCCUCGGCCUUCUGAGAGGUGGCCCGUGACUCCCUUCCUCUUGUUGUGACCUCUCCAACUCUUGAAAAUGUGACGUGCCCUCCCUGCCGUGAGCCCUAAUUCCUCCCAAAGAAAGCUGCUGGAGACUUUUCAUCUCCAUAAAAGUGGUGACUCGAGAAACCCCGCCCGUCUGGACAACUGUCACCGCGGCUGCCUCCCUCCCUGGCCUACCGUGGGCGUGUGUCUCCCCUCGCCUCCUCUUACCAUCAAAGCGAGCACGACCUCCUAACACAGUGUGUAAAGGUCCCCCGGCAAUGUGGAUUCCUAUGACCUGGCCUCUGAGGAGGUCCCAAACCCUCAUCACAGCUAAAAUGAAGCCUAUAAUGCUUCUAUAAUCACUCCCUCUGACCUUCUUAUCUGUCAGUGGCAGCUUCGAGGGCAGGGGGAGGAAGGACGGCCUGCCAACUUCCUACAGGAGGAAAAGAGACGCCUGGAUUGGCUGAGGCAUGCUAACACUCGCGAUGACGUCACUCCUCGUCCAUUUAUACACUAGAGUGAUUGAUUGGUGAAGGGACAGGACAGCGUUAUGGCACUACCGCCCCCACCCUGUUGACGGAGGUGAUGUGUUAUGACCGCACGGCACCAGAAGACUAAAGCUAAAAGGUCGAAGGUUCCAAGGAUGUAUGGAGGGGAGCAGGUGUACGUAUGAUGAGGCCAGACACAGCGCCACGCCCGCCACACACCUGCCCGCUGCUCCGUGACACGUUCUCUUAUCGACAAUUGACAAAUGGAUUACACAGAGUGACGGUCCCUCGGCACAGCAUGGACAUAAAGAGUAAUUGAAGAAAGGAAAAACUAGUUAACUGCAAUUUAACGAGGGACCAUAAAAAGACUAACAAUAGAAAAUAUGUGUAGAACGGAUAUGACGUAUGAAAAAAUAGACGUUUUCCUUGACACAACAUCGACAUAAAAGAGUAAUUGGAGAAGGGCAAAAAAGCUUGUUAAACUGCAAACGAACGUAAGGAAAAAAUUAUGAAAACAAGUGAAUAACAUGUAUGGAAGAAACACAAAGCAUCUAAUAAUUACACUUUACCAGACAACAAUCACCAGAAAACAACUGAAUGAAAGGCAUUACGGGAGACACGUGUGGGACAGUAGAUCCCUGUGGAGGUUGAAAGGAAAAUCUACUUACACAUACGUUACGUGAAGCACCUUAGGGCCUUACACGAGCCCUGAGGAGACUUACUGGUAUUAUUCUGAGCAUUACACACACACACACACACACACACACACACACACACACACACACACACAAAGGGAGAACAAGCUGAAAGAAUUACGUAUCUUAAUUUCCAUCUAGCGUGCGUGUAGUGGUGGUGGGGAGAGAGAGAGAGAGAGAGAGAGAGAGAGAGAGAGAGAGAGAGAGAGAGAGAGAGAGAGAGAGAGAGAGAGAGAGAGAGAGAGAGAGAGAGAGAGAGAGAGAGAGAGAGAGAGAGAGAGGUAAGCCAAAAUAGAAGAGAAAAAAACGCGAGGUAUACAGUUACAUUACGAACACACACACACACACACACACACACACACACACACACACACACACACACACACACACACACACAC